AUGGCGCCAAAGAAGAAGGGUAAUAAGAAGGCCCAAGAUGACGACUGGGAGGCCGAGCUGGGCGAGUCCGUUGCGCCCCAGACAGAGAGCCUUGCUGUCGAAAAAGAAGACGCACUACCUGAAGACGAUGCCCUUGGUGGCGGUCUGAUGGCUGCGCUUCAGCGGCGCGGCAAGAAGAAGAACAAGAAGGGCGCGAAUCCCGAUGUUGAGGGUGAAGACCCAACAGACGGUGGCGCCAACGGCGAGGUUGAUCUUGCGAGCAAGGCGCCUCAAGAGGGCACUCUAGAUGAAGACGAUGAUGACGUCUUUGCUGGGAAUUAUGGAAAGAAAAAGAAGGGUGGCGCGCCUGCUACCGCAAAGGCCGAGGAGCCUGUGGACAAGGACAAUAAUGCUGAUGGAACGCCACGAGUGAAGACCAAGGCGGAGAAGGAAAAGGAGAAGAAGGAGAAGGAAAAGCAAAGAAAGAAGGAGCUGGUGAGUUGA